CAAAAAAUCAUUUCAGCCAUAUUUUAAAAAAAAACUGCCAAACUCUCUCAACCCCUCUCACUGACCACGUUAGCUCCAGCCGCCGGACCACCGUGAUGGCCGCCGGUCGCCGGCGACGGCGUCGCCAUUCACGGUUGCCGGGAAGUCCAAAAGACGCCGUUUCAGUCCCCUUUUUAAAUGAAACCCAGAUCUGGGGUUCAAAUCUCCGAAAAACUGACCGACACUCGACCGAAGGAAAGGAAACCGAAAGGUUUCACCUUUCAUCGAUGAGGCCCCCUGUCUCGGUGGAAAGGGCUGACGACGGCGGCUCCGACGACGUACCAAUUAUCGGGGGUCAACGGAGGGGAAUUGCUAUCUUGGUGCAAAUGGAGGCUGCCUCGGGUGACGAACGUGCUGCUGAGGCACAUGGGCAGCAAGGGGAAUGGCACCUUAGGGUUAGGGUUUCAGUUCCUACUGAAACCAGUUAAGGUUUUGGGCCGUCGGGCUUUGGGCUUGUAGCUUGGGUUUUAGGUAUUUAUUUUGGGUUGUAAGUCCGGGCAAAUUUGGGCUCCUACAAUAAGAAAUAAGAAAUUCACCAUUGACAGUAA